AUGCCUACCACUGCGCUAAGCAUCUUCGUGUCUCGUGAUUACAGCCUGCCCUCUCAAGGCACGAAGCUCAAUGCAAGAGCAUUGAAAGGGCUUUAUCAAGGUCUAGGGCCGGUCCUGGUGACUUCAUUCCCUGGUGCUGCCGUAUUCUUCUUUGCCUACGAGGGCACCCAAUCUAAAAUAGCCUCCGCGGCGAACAGUGAAGCCGGAUUAUCCCCAUCCGCCCUCGUUCUAACGGAUAUUUCUGCAUCAUGCAUCGCAGAAGUAGCUGCCUGCUUUAUCUAUGCUCCCACUGAAAUGCUCAAACAAAACGCUCAAGUCGCUAUGCCACCACCUGCCACAAUAUCCUCAUCAAUGCCUCGCCAAAAGCCCGAGGCCCUGCCCAGGGAGUCUCUAAUAAGAUCCUUUAAGAAUAUAAGUGAUUCUAGGACACUCUGGAGAGGAUAUUGGGCUCUCCUCGCCCACAAUUUACCAUGGACCCUUAUCCAAAUGCCGCUUUAUGAGGCCCUCAGGAGAUAUAUGUUUUGUUCGAAGCCUCAGACCAAAACUUGUUCAACUAAAAACGAGGAAUCCUCCUAUUACAAAAGAAAUGACUCGUUUAAAAUUGCAAUAAACUCGGGACUUAGUGCUGCCGUGGCAGGGGGCGUCACCGGCGUCCUAACUGCUCCGAUGGAUAUUAUAAAGACUCGAGUCAACUUGGAUGUUUCUGAUCAAAAAUCUUCGGGAACUAAAAGGGUGAUGAAAGCGGCACAAACCAUCAUCAAAACCGAAGGUCUUCGAGGUUUAUAUCGGGGAUGUGCUAUUAAUAGCUUUAUGGCUGUUGUUGGAUCAGGUUUAUACUUUGCUCUCUAUGAAGGCGGGAAACAAUGGCUAGGGGAUUAA